CACUCCACUCAACAUUUUCUUCCAUUACUAAAUAAAAGUACUCAUGUUUAAUAUCAUCUUCACCUUUCUUCUCCUCUUUUCUUCCUUCCUUCUUCCCUCUUUCAAUGCCUUGACCCACCAUUACUAUGACCACACUUGCCCUAAUCUCGACUCCAUCGUCGCCCGAGAAGUCAACUUAGCCACUGCCAACGAUAAGACCGUUCCUGCUGCAUUGCUUCGAAUGCACUUCCAUGAUUGUUUCAUCAGAGGUUGUGAUGGCUCUGUGCUUCUUGACUCCAAGGGGAAGAACACGGCUGAAAAAGAUGGCCCUCCCAAUAUUUCUCUCCAUGCUUUUUAUGUCAUUGACAAUGCCAAGAAAGCUAUAGAAUCUACUUGUCCUGGUGUCGUUUCUUGUGCUGAUAUUUUAGCCCUCGCUGCUCGAGACGCCGUUGUUUUGUCUGGAGGCCCUCACUGGGAAGUCCCAAAAGGAAGAAAAGAUGGAAGAAUCUCAAAAGCUAUUGAAACUAGACAAUUACCAGCUCCCACAUUCAACUUCUCUCAACUUCAACAAAGCUUCUCCCAAAGAGGACUUUCUUUACAUGAUCUUGUUGCUCUUUCAGGUGGUCAUACUCUUGGAUUUGCUCAUUGCUCGUCGUUCCAAAACCGUAUCCAUAACUUCAACUCGAGCCUCGACGUCGACCCAUCAUUGCAGCCAGCCUUUGCUGCCAGCCUCCGGAGCAUAUGUCCGGCAAGAAAUAAGGUGAAAAACGCCGGCUCCGCCAUGGAUUCAACUUCCACAAUAUUUGACAAUGUAUAUUUCAAGCUGCUUCUUCAAGGGCGAAGCAUUUUUUCAUCAGAUCAAUCUUUGCUUUCAAAUCCCAAAACAAAAGCUUUGGUUUCAAAAUUUGCCCAUGAACAGCAUCUCUUUGAGAAGGCUUUUGUGAAAUCAAUGGUGAAGAUGAGUCGGAUUGCCGGCGCCGGCCAAGAGGUCCGGCUAAACUGCAGGGUGGUCAGAUGAAAUUUAAUGUAUAUGGAUUUUUAUUUUUAUUUUUUCAAAAGAAUUAAUUUUUUUGAGUGAUAUUUAAUGAGGUGGUUUUGAAGAGCUCUGGUUUGUAUGGAUGAAAUGUGAUAAUAUUUAAUUAUAGGAACAAAGUUAAGGUUGGUUUGAGUAUUUCCUCAAAAAAAAAAAAAAAAAAAAAGUUGGUUUGAGUAAAAUUGUUUUAAGGGUUUUGAAGUUUUUGUUGU